AAAAAAAAAAAAAAACAGCUAGCUAGAAGCUAGUUAUUUAGCCUACUGUAAUCCUCCUCCUAUGACGAGUCCAGAUAACAAAGAGGAAAGCCAGAGCUCCGGUGGCGGUGGCCGGAAAACGUCGGCGGCAAGGCCACAAGAACCAUCAUUGAAUUGUCCAAGAUGUGAUUCUCCCAACACCAAGUUUUGUUAUUACAACAAUUACAGUCUUUCACAACCAAGACAUUUCUGCAAGACUUGCAGAAGGUACUGGACUAAAGGGGGAGCGCUACGCAACGUUCCGAUAGGCGGUGGUUGCCGGAAAAACAAGAAGAUAAAGACUUCUUCUUCUUCAAGGCUUUCUGGUGAUUCAAAAGAUACAAGCGUUUCUUCAGAUAUUGGUGGGCUUAAAUUUUUUCAUGGUCUUUCACCAGCUAUGGAUUUUCAGCUAGGAGGACUAAACUUUCCUAGAUUAAGUAGCAAUACUUCAACAUCUGGCAGUAUUUUCAACCAGUUUUCUUCGUUUGGGGACAUUUCUACUACUUCUGCUGCUGCAAUUGGAUCAAGUUCUUGUUUUAGUCUUGAUCCUUCAGGAAGUUGUUCUGGUUCUUUAUUGGGAUUCAAUAAUUUCCCUUUCUCAAGUUCUAUGCUAAAACAAGGUAAUGCAGGAGCUCAGGAAAUGGGGUCGAUGGGCAUUCAUCACGGCACAAUGGCAUCUUCAAUAGAAUCCUUGAGUUCAAUAAACCAAGAUUUACACUGGAAAUUACAACAACAAAGAUUGGCCAUGCUUUUUGGUGGGGAUCAAAAUCAAAAAGAGAACAUUGUUUCAUCUCAUAUUCCUCAUCUUGAUCAAAACCAAAUUCAAAAGCCACAGCCUAUUUUGUUUCAAAACUUGGAUAUUUCAUCAAAACAACAAGAAGAAGAAGCUGCAGUUUUUGGAAAUAAUAUUAAUUCAAGAAAAGAUCAUGGUAGUGGAAGUGAUCAUGGGAAUAAUAAUUUAGCUACUGAAUGGUUCUUUGAUAACUCAUUUGGGACAGUAAAUCCAACUUCAACAAAUAGUAGCAGUGGAAAUGCAAAUGAUCAGAACAACAACAACAAUUGGAAUAGUAUUCAAGCUUGGAGCAAUUUAAAUCAGUAUAGUACACUGCCUUAGUUCAAUUUGAUGAAACAAUGGUGAAAGAAAUCAUAUUUUAUACUAAUCUAUUUAGGCCUUCUUUUCUUUGA